AUGGCGCCCUCCAGCCCCAGCAACGCGGCAAGCUUGAGCGCGGCAAGCUUGAGCGCGGAGUCCCAGGAAGCCACCGCCGAGCAGAGAAAGGAGCUGCGGAUGGCUGACUAUGUCGCAAAGAUGCAGAUCGCCAGCCCUGAGGUGUUGCGUGUGACCCCUGCACACAUGGCCCUGUGCAGGUUCGGAAAGGCCUUCCGCGAUACUGAGGAGAAACUGUUUCACAAGAGCAAGAGAAGCCAAGAGAUCGAGAGGUUUUGGUCUCAUUCAUGGCAUGGCAACUCGUGGGCGAAGGUGCUCACACUCUUCGUGCUCUACAAUGGUUUGCCCGCUGCUGUGCUCGGGACGUUGGCUGCCGCCGUGAUGAUGGUGUUGUUUAGCUUGGAGGUCUUGCCUGGCUUCAACAGGACACCGGGAAUUCCUGACGCUGAAUCCUCUGUCUGGAGUCUUUGUGCUGGCCUGCUCGUUUACGCAAUCGUUCUUGUCCAGUGGCGUCCACAACAGCGAGUGUUCUUCGAUCGAGUUUGCAUCAGCGAGGACGACCCCGAUCUCAAGGCAAAAGCUAUUCGAAGCCUUGCUGGGAUGCUGAAGAAUUCGAAGCAGAUGUUGGUUCUUUGGGACCAGAGCUGGAGCACCCGGCUCUGGUGCUUGUUUGAGUUGGCGGCAUUUUUGAAAUGCAAGAAGGCCAAAAGCGAACAAGUGCUGAUCGUGAGACCCACCUUGGUUGGCCCGUGCUCAAUCACCGUGUUCACAACUGUUUCCGCGGGCAUGUUGGGCGUGCUUACGUUUCCGGUGCUUGCUUCUCCUGAUGCUCGUUUUUGGGCAGCCGCGACACUGCUGCCAUUGGCGGGUUUUGUGGCGUGUUUUUCAGCAGCGUUUGUUGUGGCGUUUGUCUAUCUUCGACGGUAUUUUCACUCGGUCCAUACCUUCGUGGAGAAGCUCCGAUCCGGCAACUUUGACGAGGUCGCCUGCUCGUGCUGCCAGCAGAACCAUGUGAACAAGCGGGGUCAGCAAAUUGUGUGCGACAGGGAGGUGGUGAAGCGAUGCGUGGUAGCUUGGUUUGGCAGCGUCGCAGCAUUUGAGGACAUCAUCAAUGAGGAGGUGGUCGAUGUGGUUGCGCGGGAGUUGCGAGAAGGUGUCUUCACCAGGAGCUGGGCCUUGCAAGUCGGCGCGCCGUUGCUGUGGGGCCUUAUGGACAUCGCCGCGAUUUUUUUUCGAUACAGCUUUUGGGGCAUCGGCUUCGAUCUCGCGGCCACGGGCAUCAUCGUGUGGCUGCUCGUCGUACCCCUCGUGCUCGAGGUGACAACCUUCUUGAUUCGAAGGUUUUGCAGCAGCAGCAGAACUUGUUGCUCGACAUUGUCAGGUCUAUUCUGCCAGUUGGCAACAUUCUUCUUGAUUGGGCUCUUCGUGCUCUUAAUCCUCGCUGCUUGGAGCUGGCCAAAGUUCUUGAUUACUGUGCAUGAUCUCAAAUACUCCCUCUGGUCCGGCGCCUUCUUGGGGCAAGUGCUCCUCAUGGCUGGGCUGGUCAUCCUCAUGGAGUGGCUUGUGGGGAAGCCGAAGCUUGAGAGGAGUCCAGUUCCAGACUCCAUCUCGCAUUCUUGUGGACCAGGGAACAACUUGGAGGUCGAGGAGCAGGACCUUGAGGAGACAGUACCUGCAGAUCGAGUGGAGAUUACGCUCUGA